CCCAAGGCGACUUCCUGUCUCUCCACUUUCUUUCCCUCUCCGUUUUGGUGGGCUGGUUGAAGAUGAAAUCGACUGAGGAGGGAAGUCCAGCACCCUGUGUGCCAGUCCAGAACUGGCCCCUCCGUAGACCCCCUGAAAAUCAUGGGCUUGGAUUUGGAUAUUCUCAACAGAAAGGGUUAAAGGCUGAUGGGACCUAAAGCCUGAAAUGAUCCUAGGUAAUUGAUAGAUCCUGUGGUUCAACUGGAUUUCUAGAUAGAAGCUGGAUUCAUGUGAUACCAGAGAAGUAAAAUUUCAAGAGACUGAAACCAGAUCUGAGUCUCACUGUUCCAGUCUGGACCUCUUUGGGGCUGUAAAUCCUGGAUAUACAGUAGAUGAUUACUGCAUUUUUCUUUUAUGUAUGAAGAUAGAUAAUUCUUCAAGUUAAAGAUGGACUUUUCUCACCAGAAAUGGCUUUAUGGAAUCAAUUUGCAAAAAUAAAGCCGGAGCUGCCCGCCGCACCUCCACAUGGCCUGGCAGGUCCCAAGAUGCUUCGGGGCAACCCUACGCACGCGCGCUCUGGCGUAGUUCCCUGGAGCCCUCGCGCGCAGAGAAUCCUGGAAUCUUCCCUUGUGGAGCUGUGGAGGACUCUCUUCAGCUUCUGGAGACCUCACUAUCCUAUUAUGUCUUUGUGUGAAGACAUGCUGCUUUGUAAUUAUCGAAAGUGUCGCAUCAAACUCUCUGGCUAUGCAUGGGUCACUGCCUGCUCUCACAUCUUCUGUGAUCAGCACGGCAGUGGUGAGUUUAGUCGCUCACCAGCUAUCUGUCCUGCCUGCAACAGUACCCUUUCUGGAAAGCUAGAUAUUGUCCGCACAGAACUCAGUCCAUCAGAGGAAUAUAAAGCUAUGGUAUUGGCAGGACUGCGACCAGAGAUUGUGCUGGACAUUAGUUCCCGAGCACUGGCCUUCUGGACGUAUCAGGUACAUCAGGAACGUCUUUAUCAAGAAUACAAUUUCAGCAAGGCUGAGGGCCAUCUGAAACAGAUGGAGAAGAUAUAUACUCAGCAAAUACAAAGCAAGGAUGUAGAAUUGACCUCUAUGAAAGGGGAGGUCACCUCCAUGAAGAAAGUACUAGAAGAAUACAAGAAAAAGUUCAGUGACAUCUCUGAGAAACUUAUGGAGCGCAAUCGUCAGUAUCAAAAGCUCCAAGGCCUCUAUGAUAGCCUUAGGUUACGAAACAUCACUAUUGCUAACCAUGAAGGCACCCUUGAACCAUCCAUGAUUGCACAGUCUGGUGUUCUUGGCUUCCCCUUAGGUAACAACUCCAAGUUUCCUUUGGAUAAUACACCUGUUCGAAAUCGGGGCGAUGGAGAUGGAGAUUUUCAGUUCAGACCAUUUUUUGUGGGUUCUCCCACAGCACCUGAACCCAGCAACAGCUUUUUUAGUUUUGCCUCUCCAAGUCGUGAAUUAGAGCAGCAGCAAGUUUCUAGCAGGGCCUUCAAAGUAAAAAGAAUUUGAGCCACACAUGGUGUCACACACCUGUGAUCCCAGCUACUUAGGAGGUUAAGGCUGGGAGGAUCCCUUGAGCGCAGGAGUCUGAGGCUAUAGUGAUUUAAGAUCAUGCCACUGCACUCCAGCUUGGGCAACAGAGUGAGACCCUGUUUCUGAAAAAAAUAAAGAUAAUUUAGCUAACUUUA